AUGUUGUUGAUCUCCUUGGUAACAACGUUUAUACUACAACAGAUAGUUGUUACAGGUAAGCUUUAUGUUCUAUAUCACUUAUCUUUCUCUUACCAAUUUUUUAAAGAACUUUCAACACUAUCAAUCGUAACCUACUUAACCUAACUUAAUUUCAGCAAAAGACCAAUGCCAACCAGCGUUUGUCCGCUGGCCGAGAGUAAAGUUAAAUCUACCUCCAAAAGUCAAAGGUCCAUACAACCUAAAGUCUUGUCGUACUGCGUGUGAACGAGACGAAAGCCCAACAAAUGUUGGUGCAGAACAACAAUGUUCGGCCUUUAAUCAUCGUGUCGGCCCAACUGAUUAUCAUAACGAAUGUCACAUUUAUGAAUCAUCGGCCGUUCAACGAACUGAUGGACUUAUUGAAGCUGAUGAGAGGUUUAGCUUUUACUGGAAGUACUGCUUAAAUUGUGAGUGGUAUUAUUAGGUUUGGGCUGUUCCGGCAGGGUCAUUUUGGUUUUUUUAAGAGAAAGUGGGGGCGGGAGGGGGAGGAAAGCUAAAGCAAGGGCAUUGUAAAGGUAGGACUGCAACAAAAAAAACAUAAGGCUGAGUAGGGUAUGGUAGGGUAGAUCAUAGUUGUUCGACAUUUUCAAAAAAAAAAUUUCGUGGUAAAUAUUUUUUUUGGGGGGGGUGGAUGGGUGAUUUUUUUUAGUUAGGCUAUGACAAUUUUUGUGCAAAUUAUGAAAAAAUCUUAGAAGUUGGAAAAAUUUUUCUCCCCUUUCCUCUCCUCCUCUCUCUUCCGUCCUUCUCCUCGUCCUCUAACUACCCUCCUCUUUCCCUACCCUACCUCUCUUCUCCCAAAAUUAAAAUUACUGUAUUCGUAUUUCACCAUUGAGCCAUAAACUAGAAAUCGAAAAAUUUUAGCACAACGAAAAUGCAGUGGAGACUACGCCUUCAGCUUCUUGUCCGAUCGUUAUUUGUCGCCUGAAUUCGUGAGUGUUUCAAAGAAGGUGGGCCAAUUGGAAGACUGUUUGGCUGAGUGUUUGAACCAAGGAGAAUUCAUGUGCAGAAGUUUGGCUUACAAUCGGACUAGUCAUUGUGAGUUUAUGUUUUUUAUACAUUUAUUAUAUAACUGUAUAGAUUUUUACCAUAAUAUCUUUUAUAUACAGGGCGCGCCAAAAGUUCUGUUACAAAACUUUAGCGGCCGUUUUCUCUAUGUUGCGGUUAAAUUAGGUUUUUAUUGUAAAAUACGUUGUAAAAAGUUCUUUUAGAAAAAUUUUGAAAGACACUACUAGUACAGUAUUAUUAAUAUAAUGUCUGUUUUAGUAUGCCACAUUUCUCAACACAAUCAAAUGAGCAAGCCUUCGAUGGUGAAGAUUAACAAUAAUCCAAACUUCCGUAUCGAUUACUAUGAGAAUGCUUGUUUUAACUGUAAGUCUUUGAACUACUUGGUAAGGUAAAAUAGGUAAAGCAAAAGCAUUUUAGGAUAAAGCAGGGUAGGGUAGGUAAGGAAAGAUAAGGUAGGAUAAGAUAGACUUGAUAUGGUAGGAUAAAGUAAGGCAGGCUGGGUAGGGUAGGUAAGCCUAAGAUGGUACAACAAGUGUAAGCUUGCUGUUUUUCUGAUUAUUUCUAUAAGUAACAACUAUAAAAGGCAUAAGUUUAGUAGAAAUAGGCAAUAGUCUUUGUAAUCUAGGCUUAGUAAAGCCAGGUUGAUUAGGCUUAUUCUUAGUAGGCUUACGCUUAGUAGGCUUAGGCUUAGUAGGCUUAGGCUUAGUAGGCUUAGGCUUAGUAGGCUUAGGCUUAGUAGGUUUAUGUCUACUAGGCUGAGGCUAAGUUUUAAGGUAAGUAGGUAGUUCAAACUAAACGAAUGUAAAGCUGUCCGAUAAUAAGCCCUUGAAGUAAUAUCAAGUAAAAUCCCAGCACUCGCAGUCAUUUGUUGGGUCGUUUUACACCGAGGCAAAUAUUAGAUAAAACAAUAAUAUUACAUAAGAAAAAGUUGCGUAACACGGUUUCUUGCAAUUUCUCUAAGGCUAUUUAGUUGUAUAUUGUUAUAUAAGCAGUAUUAGGUAACCCAAUAGAAAUAUUUUGGAUUUUUGGUAGUGUUGGGAUAGGACAUGAUAGGGUAGAGUACAGCAAAGUUAUCGUAUGAUAGGGUAGGGCAGGAUAGGGGAGAAUAGGGUACAUCAAAGAAGGGCAGGCAGGGUAGGAUAGGGUAGGGUAGGGUAGGGUAGGGCAGGGCAAAGCAGGGCAGGGCAGGGUAGGGCAGGGUAGAGUAGAGAGGGUAGGCUAGUUAAAAUAGAAUAUCCUGGUUAGGGUAGGGCAAGCUAGUUAAUUUAAGAAAGCGUAGGGUAGGUUAGGGUAGGGUACGGUAGCGUAAGGUAUGGUAGGGUAGGGUACGGAAGGUUAGUUUAUUUUUGUACUUUGCUGACAUCACUUUCCUUCUUUUUCAGCUUCCGACACCUUCAACUUCAACUACACCUGUGAAGAAGAAGGCAUUCGAGUCAAAGUGAACUCAAAAUUCCCGUAUACUGGAGCGCUCUAUGGCCUCUAUGACUUCUUUACCUGCCGAGUAGAGCCAAAAGAAUCCAAAAACUUUGAGCUUCUAUUCCCAUACCCAUCGAAAGCUAAGAACUGUAGUGACAGUAUUAGAUACAAAGGCAACGAGAUGAUUCUGGAAGUUGUGUUGAGUACUGAUGGUGUGGAACCGUUGUACUUCAUCACUCCUGAUGACAUGACAUAUCAAGCUAGAUGUCCUAUUAAUAAUAAGAAGAGGUGGGUUUUGGAGUGGGGCUGGGCAUCACAUGUUCAGUUAAGCUUUUGAUAACAUCUUAUACUAGCUGUUUGACCUUGAGAUUACCAUAGUUAUUAUGAAGUUGUUCAAAAAAUAAUGAGCCAUUUUACAUAGCAAUUUGUUUUGCUCAGUAGCUCAUUAUUUUUUGAACGGAAUAUCUUACAAUGUUAUAGCCAAAAUUUGGUUUUGCCCUACUUCACACUACCUUUCUUUACCCUACCAUACCUAACAAUUUACGACAAGACUUUUUGAACCUUAUAUAACAUUUAAAAUGUCAUUUUUAUAAUUUUUUUUUGCUUUUUUAAGCUUUUCAUAACUAACAUCAAUUCUAAACCCGUAAAAAUUCGAAAAGCUUUAAGAAGCGUACUAAAUAGCACUGAAAUUUUGAUACUAAAUAGCACUGAAAACCAUUGUUUAGUGAAACAACCACGGCCGCUUCACAUAGUUUACACGAUGAUGUUCACAGCAUUUUAUCAGCAUUGGCUGAUGCUGAACAUCAAGGUACCUUCUUGGCCAAAUCUCAAAAAGUACGCGUUGGUACUAAGGCUUCUUUAGAGCGUACGGCUUCUAGAGAAGGUACUGGUACUACAAGUUCUUCUAGGGAGCGUACUGGGGCUUCUAGAGAGCGUACUGGUGCUUCAAGAGAGCGUACUCACGGUCUAGAAGCCUUCAACCCUAGAGAUGAUAUUAGUGAAAAGUUUGAAACAACGACAAAAGAUAUCUUCCCAUUACCAGUACUAACCGUAGAACCAUCUCACAAAGCCAUGGAGAUUAUUACCUACAAGAGUACUGAGAAAAGUGCUGCACCUAGUACUGAAACUACUACUAGUACUACCACUACUAGUGAAGCUCCUACUACCACAUCAACUGUCACUACUACAAGUACCACAGCUUCUACUACAACAACCAGUACCACAACAGAGCCGUCUACUACUACCAGUACUACUACAGUAACCCCUACAACAACUACGGUAGACCCAACUACUACGGUAGUUCUACAUCCUUCGAUCGAAGUGAUUACGGUACAAACAAACUCUUUGAAGGAAGUUAGUGACAUUUUAGAUGGUACAAAGUCCUUGGAAAAGGUUGAUGGCAAAGAAAAUUUCAAGUAAUUUUUUGAACGCUUUGAUUAUUGAUUUAUCGGUUUUUUUGUUUUUUAACAUUUUUGAAUUUUUGCACUUUAAUUAUGUUGUUAAGGCUUAAAAAAAGUUGUUUUUAUUCUUUUUAAAUUAAAAAAUUCAAAAUUUUGAAAUAAAAAAGAGAAAAUUACAGUAAUCAUGACGAUUUUUCAGUUUCUCAACCCACAUCUCGUUUCCAACCAGUAACAAGAUUACUGUGAGUACCAGCGGCUCUCAUGAAGCUAGAACUACCGUGGGACCUACAACAACUCCCAGUACUACUACUACAGAAAAAGUUACUUCAAAGGUGACUACAAGCACGUCUACUACUACUACUACUACCACAGUCAGUGCUCUAGCUAAAGCUGGGUUACUGCCUCCAAGUAGGCGGAAUGAAAGCAAUGAUGAAGUUGUGUAAGUAUAUUCUUAUUUAUUGUUAAAUUAGUUUUAAGUCUUUGUCUUGGCCUUUGCUUUACUUCUUGGUUUACUUUCUGUCUUGCCGUUUAUCUUUAUUUUUUUACUGUCCUUCUUUUACUCGUUGCUUUAUUAUUUGCCUUAUCAAUUGCUCUACCUCCUGCCCAAUCUUUUUUCUACUUUUUGGCCUACCUCUUGUAAUUCUCUUUUGUUUACUUUGUUUAACCUUUUCUUUUUGCUUUAUCCCUUACUCUUACUUUUUGUUUUACAUCUUGCUAUACCCAUCUUUAUCUAACUUUUGCUUUGCUUCUUUCUUUACUCUUUGUUUUAUCCCUUCUUCUAUAUAUUGAUUUACCUUUUGUCCUAUAUUUUACUUUAUUGUUUUGUGAACGUCUUGCUUUAUCUCUUGCUUUCUCUCUUCUCGUGCGUUAUUCUUCGUUUUACUCUUUUCCUUACCCUGUACUACCUCUUGUCCUACCUUUUGCUCUUUUUGGUUUAACUUUUUAUCUUACCUUUCGCCUUAUCUAUAAUACUUUUUUUUCUUCUUUUGUGCUACCAAUUGCUCUACUUUUUUACUAGAUUCUAUUUGCAGUACUCCCUAUUGCGAAUUUUUUUACUAUAGGAACACUUAAGGUACUAUAACAAAAGUAAUUUCUUAUACUAAUAACUACUAAUUACAGGAUAGGACCACCAGGCUAUAAACAAGCUAAAAAAGCUGAAGAAGCAGUUGUCUUUGACAUUUACAACAAUGGACAUCCAGUGGACGCUGUAGUCUCUGGAAGUAGGAUUACACUGUCUUUUACUCCGUACUAUGCUAUUCCACGUAAGAUUAUUUACUUUUUAAAACUUUUUGGUGUUACAGUAUACAACUUACCAAUUUUUUAACGUUUUUAUUGUGUUACAGUAUACGACUUUUCAAUAUUUUAGUUAGUAUCAUUAUUAUUGUUAUUUUAAGCAGUAUAAAUGAUACUGUAAAUUAUUUUUUGUCUCUGUUAAUGCUACUAGUUUAGCCGCCUACAUGUCAGUAACAGGUUGUCAAGUUGAAUCGAUAGAACCAUUAAAUGAAUGGGAAAAGGAACCGUUCCCAAUUCUUAAAGACGGCUGCCAAGCUGAUCACUUUAACUUGGUUUGUCCUCCAGUUCACACUGAUUAUGGUGUUAGGGUCACUAUGGAGUCGUUCAGGCUUCAGACUACAGCUCAAGUACAAUAUACUUGUCUGGUUCGCAUUUGCUCAUUCUCACCUUGCCCUCAGGUAAGUAACUUCACAAUUGUCAAUUUACAGGGUGCGCCAAUAGUUCUGUUACAAAACUUUUUGGUCGUAUAUUAAGGUUGUGGCUUUAAAAGAAUGAGAAAGGUAGGAUAUGGUAAUACAUGUUACUGUAUUAUAUGGGUAGGGUUAGAUUUGAAAAGAGGUCGGGCUGGCUCAUUUUCUUCUGAUAUACUUAUAACAAUUUGCCCUUUGUGUACUAUGACACUUAUAUGAAAUUACUUUACUGUAGUUUCCGAUUUUAGCAGUUUUUAAUGUUUACAACCACGUGCUGUUAAUAGUUUUUACAGACACAAAAGCAGCUUAAAAAAACAUGUUUUACAUUUUAAAAGCUUUUUUGUUUUAAGUAACUGCACUUUGCUUAAUUGAACUAUGAUUAACUGGCGGUACUGUACAUUAAGUUAUUAGGUCUUGUAAUUUAACAAAAUUCAAGAAGUUUUAAUCUUACGGUACUGAUAAAAUAUAGGAAGAGUAGAAUGCGGUGAGGCAAAAGCAUUGGCAGGGCAACGGCAUAACUAGUGCAGGGUAGGGUAAAGUAGCGUACGGUUUCAUAAGUAGUACGGACGAAUCGGACAGACUAAGACUGGCUAGGGCUGACUAAGGCUGCAGAGGGUUGUGGUGGGCUGACUAGGGCUGGCUGGCUUGACAUGAGAAACGGGCCGGGCCUGCGGUCGGGCCGGGCCGACCUUGAGAAAAAUUCAAAUCGGGCCGAAUGUAACAUUCAAACCCGGCCCGUUUCUCAUGUCUAGGCUGGCUAAGAUUGACUAGGUCUGGCUAGGGCUGAAUAGGGCUGGCUAAGACUGGCUUGGAAUAGCUAGAAUAGGGUAGGGUAGGGUAGGGUAGGGUAGGGUAGGCUAGGGUAGGGUAGGGUAGGGUAGGGUAGGGUAGGGUAGGGUAGGGUAGGGUAGGGGUGGGGUAGGGUAAGGUAGGGUAGGGUAGGGUAGGGUAGGGUAGGGUAGGGUAGGGUAGGGUAGGGUAGGGUAGGGUAGGGUAGGGUAGGGUAGAGUAAGGUAGGGUAGGGUUGGGUAAGGUAUUGUAGGGUAGGGUAGUACAUAACAUUCAGGCCCGGCCCGUUUCUCAUGUCUAGGCUGGCUAAGAUUGACUAGGUCUGGCUAGGGCUGAAUAGGGCUGGCUAAGACUGGCUUGGAAUAGCUAGAAUAGGGUAGGGUAGGGUAGGCUAGGGUAGGGUAGGGUAGAGUAGGGUAGGAUAGGGUUGGGUAAGGUAUUGUAGGGUAGGGUAGUUUAAGGUAGGGUGGGGCAAGGUAGGGCUUCUUAUAAAUUUUUUUUGAAAAAGUGCAUUUUCAAAAUGAUGUUAAAUCUUAUUUCAGACAACGUGCAGUUUUGUUGAAGGAUGCCCACGCGAAGACCUGUUGUUACGUUCGUUGGGGUUGAGGAAGAAGCGCAAUCUGACGUUGGAGCAGAUUCGAGCCGCUUUGGCCGCUAAUCCGUCGUUGCAAAAACAACUCUUGAGCAGCCAAAACUCGGGGAUGAGCAAUAGUAAGUGGAUUUUAAAGUAAUUUGGUUAAAACUUGGAUAUACAGCUGAACUUCUGUAUAACACAUCUUAUACAGGAGUUUUGUUACAUUAGGUUGUUCAAAUAAUUCUGAGCUCCAUUUCAAAAAAAAUUUGGGGUAGGGGCAUAGAAUUAUUUGAACAAUUUACGUAAAUUCUGUAAUACUGUAGUUUUGUGAUACAAAGCUUUUGUUUUACAAGGUGCGGAAUGCCAAGACCAUCGUUGUCGUGGCGGGACUUGAAGGGUGUGCUCGUGCGGGGUCCAAUAUAUGUAGGUAUAGAUAUAGAUGUAAGCUUUGUUUCACAAAAAAUCGUAUAAGUCAUUUUACAACCAUGUUGUAAACAAUGUUCUUCUAAACUCCAACUCGUGAGCCUACAAGAGGGUUACAGUGUCUUAGGAUUGCAGUAAUGUAUUCUUUCUACAUUGUGAGUGUAAGCUGUUUUCUGUAUUUGUAACUACUAACUUUCAAAGUAUUACUUACUACUACUUUUUGGAGUAUUCGUAUCUUUUUUUGAAAAACAUGUAUAGUAUCAUAUACAAUAUGAUAUAAUACUACGUGCAUCAAAGCCUUAAGCAUGGCUUAUAGCCAGAUUAUUAUCAUACUACUGUAGCCACGUGAGUAGGGCUUGUUUUGUUGUAAGGGAGUACUGUAACUGUUGAAAGACACGUAUUUUGAUAGGGAGUUGAUUACGUUAUUGAAAAGGGUAGGGUAUCAAACCAUUUUACAAGGGUAGAUACAGAGACUAAGGAUAAGAUAGAGUUUUAGAAAACAUGUUAGGAUAAUGGUAGGUCAAGGCAAAGGUAAUGCUAGGUUUGGGCUAGGAUAGGACUACGUAAGGUUAUCGUAAGGGUUAAGGGUUAGGACGGAGCAAGGGCGUUGCAAGGGUAGGACUGGAAAAGCGAUAAAUAGAUUAGGAUAGGGUAGGGUAGGAUGAAAUAGGGCAGGGUAGGGUAGGAUGAAAUAGGGCAGGGUACAGUAGGAUACGGUAAGGUAUGGCAGAGUCGGGUGUUGGAUUAGUAGGACUAGAAAAUGAUAGGUAGGGUAGAGUAGGGUAAGGCUGGUUGGCUAAGGCUGACUAGGUCUGACCAGGGCUGGCUAUGACUAGCUAGGGUAGGGUAGGAUAAGAUAGAGUAGGAUAGGGUAGAGCAGGGUAGGGUAGGAUAGGGUAGGGUAGAAUAGAGUAGGGUACGGUACGGUACGAUAGAGUACGGUAGCGUAGGGUAGAGUAGGGUAUUUUAGGGUUGGAUAAGGUACGGUAGGGUAAGGUAGGGUAGGGUAGAGUAGAUUCUGUCAUACACUAGUAAAACAAUACUUUUUUAGCUCUUCACCAACAACUCCUAGCCAUCGGAGGUGAUCACAUUGUACGCAAAAAGCUCAUCGUACUCAACUCGGAAGAAGAAUUAGAAUACUAUGUGAAGACUGGAGAACUACCGGAACAUCACGGCUGA